CAUCAACAAAACCGACACACCUCGAUUUCUCAACUUGCAUAUCUACUUUCUUGGGACAUCGUGCGCCUGAUGAACAAGGCUUGGGAAGGAUGCCGAUCAUCAACACACCUUCUCUCUGCAUAAUCCAAUAAGGAGUUGCACGUGCUCACGUCUACCUUUCGACAGGGCAUGCAGUCAUGUCGCAAGCACUACAGCCUGCGAGGGACGUUGGUCGGCUCAUCAACCUCGUACCAGUCGGUCUAAAAGAAGCGGCAAUCGACUCUCCAACCGCUCGUGCAACUGUGAUUCACUACGGAGAACAAGUUGACCUGCUAGAAAGAUGGCUGGAGGAAUACAUGAAAGCCACGAAUCGUCUAGUGGCCGAGUCUUUGUCCCUUGAGAAUGUCCUCAAUAGCUUCAUCUCUCACUCCGUCCUCCCAACCACGAUAUCUGAGUCUAUGCUGGACCAUGACUACUGUAUUUUGGCAAUGAAGAAGUAUGGAGACGGGGCCAAAGAUUACUGGAUGAGCAUGGUAGCAGUGGUGAAGAGAUUAACUACAAUGGUCGCGGAUCCGAUAAGACAAUUCCUGGCAAAUGACCUGAAACCAUUUAAAGAUGCUCGCCGAAAUGUCGAAGCCUCCCAGAAGACAUUCGAACAUCUUCAGUCGAAGUACGCAGGGCUGGGGAAGUCCAAGGAACCCUCCUCGGUAAGAGAGGAUGCUUUCCAAUUACAUGAGUCCCGCAAGACAUAUCUGAAGGCCAUUAUGGACUUCUUCAGCCUCGCACCACAGUUUCGCUUCUCACUGGAUAAACUGCUGGUCAAAUUAUUCUUUGAGCAGUGGCGCGAAAUGAGAGUUUCCCGGGACAAUACUGCUGCCACGCUCCAGAGGAGCGCGGAUGAGAUGCAGAGAGUGAAAGGUUGGCUCAACGAAAUGGAGGCUAGCGAAAAGAUGUUUCGGAGAGAGCUUAUGGAUGCGAAGAAACAGUUAGAGGAAGCCGCAGAGCUGAGCGUCCGACCAUCCAGAGAGCUAGACGACUACAGCCUGUCGACUACACCACAAUUUCCCAGUCACGGCCAUACUGCGAGUAGUUCAACUCUGCAGACCUCUGCGAAAAAGAUUUCCGGAAAGACGGGCGAAAAGCAGGGAUGGCUGUUCCUACGAACGUAUAGCGGCAAACCUACAAGGACUGUUUGGGUUCGAAGGUGGGCCUUCAUCCGCAAUGGCGUCUUUGGCUGGCUGCUGCAAAGUGCUAGAUCCGGUGGAGUCGAAGAGAGUGAACGUAUUGGGGUCCUCCUCUGUAACGUUCGACCUGCGCCUAACGAAGAACGUCGCUUUUGCUUUGAACUCAAGACCAACAAGAACACCAUUCUUCUUCAGGCCGAGACUCAAGCUGAAUUGGUUGAUUGGAUUGGCGCCUUUGAGACCGCAAAGUCGAAAGCAGUUGAAGACCCCAAUGCUUCGCAGAAUCUCAACGGCGGUGGAAACAUCCAGACGGGUGCAGCAUUUGCUAUCUCAGCCCCUCCGAUCCCUGAGUUCGGCACCUAUGUCCUGGGCUUCACGGAGCCAGGUGCUGGUGGAGACGACAUUGCAGCUCUGGAAAAGAGUAACACUUUGCCGGUCCCCGGGAACGAACUUGGACGAGAAAGCAGUAUGGAUAUGCCCCGAAGAUCGACUGCUAUGGAAGAAGGAGGUCAUCGCGAGACUGCAUCGCGCAUUAUCUCCAAGCUAGAUUUGCACAGAAAAAGUGCAGCGUCGCCGCACAUAACUCAAAGCCCAUCUACACCAAAUCUGCCUAGUGGCGGAGGCAUAGCAAGCCUGAUCGCUGCUAGUCACGGAUCAAUGCCUGUCGGCCCCAGUAUACCCAUGGUACAAAAUCCAGAGGUGGAGGCAAAGCCACGGAAUGCAUUCACGCUGGCUCUUCGUGACAUGCCUGCCAGCAGUUUAGCGCCAUCUACUUUAGCUGCCGUGCCAUCGCCCACAAAUUUCAGCAGGUCGGCCGUUAUCGUCACCGGCGAACGCGGACUCAGCCCGGCCCCUGAGAAGAGUGGCAUACCGACAAGCCUGCUGGCGAACAUGUGGGGAACUGCGAACACUGCUCUCAUUAAUCGGCUCGAGCGUAGCGAGCCGAGACUCGCUCCCGAAGUAAAGCUUGGUGCACAACCUAGUCCAAUCCUAAAGCCAUCUUCCUCACCACCAAAACCAUCACAAUCACCUUCACGCAUUGCAGCCCAGCAUGCCAUUUCGCAGCUUGAUCUGAGUGUAGCUCAGUCUACGGUUAGAAGCCGUACGCCGUCGCCGAACAAGCGGGGUCACCGAAGUACUAUAAGCGUUGAUCGAGACACUUUCAGACAACUGAAGCAUGAGCUGCUUGUCCCUGAAUUUCCCAAUUACUACCCAUUGCAGCUCAAGUCUCAGGAUGCGCAGUUCAGGCUCCUUUUCCCGGAUGUCCGACGCGAUGAACGUCUUGUCAUGGUUUUUAGGGCGACAUGGAAUCCCAGUGAACAGCAGGAGUUUCCUGGACGGGUAUAUGUCACCUCGAAGGACUUAUACUUCUAUAGCAACCAUAUGGGUCUCGUUUUAACGACCAGUCUCGCCCUGGCUUCCAUUGACGAAGCAACGGCAGCACCAGGAAGAGACUGUGACUUCAUCUUCCUACAUCUGAGAGACUCCGGGGCUGAUGGAAACGCGAGAAGAAUAACAAUGAAGACGUUUCUAGAGCCGUUGAGGCUUCUUCAGCGACGACUAAACUUCUUGGUCAAGAACAGCAUUUCAGAGGAACCUCUCGCCCUAGAAGAAGUCAUCAAGGCGCUUCUGAGAAUGGAGACUGAAGCACCAGACCGAAGUCCGAGCCUUGAAAGCUGGGAAGACGUCUCACCAAACACACCAGUUGACACAGGUGGCUCGAGAUAUCGCAGAAGAGCCUCCACCGUGGGAAGUGAAGUCCGAGGGCCAUUACGAGUUGACCGAGCACUGAAUCCGGCUCAGAUCGGAAGAAGAGAAUCCAAGUUCAAGUUGCCUGCGCAGCCGGUCAAUUAUGUUCCAUCAGGUAACCUCCAACUAGCGGUCCACAGGGAGUUUGACAUCAGCGCAAAGGCACUAUUCCACGUGAUGUUCGGUGACAAGAGUGCUCUUUGGCAGCUCCUCCAACAUGAACGUCGAGCCAAGAAUCUCAAUCAAGGGCCAUGGUUAGCUCUUGGAGAAGGGCGACUUCGCAGAGAAUUUGCGUUUGACAUUCCCAGCACCAACAUGCUCGGCCAAGAAGCCUGGUCUCAAGUUCGGGAUUACCAAGUUGUCGAUGUAAACAGUGAUCAUCUGUGCUACGUUGUGACUGACAAGCGCACGCCAUGGCAUCUUCCUUUCCAGAGCAGGCAGCGCCUGGUCAGCAAGAUUGUUAUCACCCAUGUGGCCAAGGCCAGGUGCAAGCUUGCUGUUUUCAUCAAAGUCGAAUGGCUGCGUGCUGCAUGGGUGUUGGGCGGGUUGAUUGAACGACAGGCCUUGGCGGACUUGGAGUCAGACUCCCUUGAUCUGGCGGAUCUCGUAGCAGAUCAGGUCCGCAAACUGGGAGCACAUAGUCGUACGAAGAAAGCGGUACACAUCUUUGGCCAAGUCGGCCAUGCGACUGAAACCACACAACUGCUCGUCAACGACUCAGCUCUGAGUAUCGAAGUGAGAAGAGAGCCUGUUCCAAGAAGCGUAAUAAACCUGUUGACGCAAGCUGCUGGAUCCGCUGCCGAAAGCGCAGUUGGCACGAUUCUCGGAGCGUUCUUGGACUUGCUCAGGUGGAUGGCCAAGACGUUCUCGGCCAACAAACUCAUCAUUGUCGCUCUCCUUCUCAGUGCCUUGUACAACAGCUGGCACACAUACCGCGACUCACUGGGUUGGUGGCAGGAGCGUCGCGCGACCAAAUUCAUGGCCCGCCUCGGUGUCUCGCCGGACGUGGUUAUGAGCCGCGCAGUGUAUCUGAGCGACCUGGACGAAGUACUUCACCGCGAUGCGCAUCUACCGGCUCGCGAGGCGAGCUCGUGCUACAGCGUCUUCUACGACGAGCAUGACCCGGAUCACGUUUAUGCGACGCCAGGGUCGAGCAGUGAAGGGAAUGUACAAGUGCAGCGGACUCGUCAGCGUCUGGGAGCGUACAGACACGAUCUGCUCGUUGCUGUGCGCGUUGUCAACGGAAUUGAGAAAGAACUCAUGCAAGCGGCAUGGGAACAGUGGGUCGUGGAUGAGAGCCGGCGGUGUCGCGUUGUGGAGGGGCUGGUGCUGGAUGAUGCCACAGGCAAUGCGACGGAUGUGAGUGAGGAUGUGAGAAGCUGGUAUGAUGAGUAUUGCGCGAGUUGUCGGGAUGAGUAUAUGAAGAUACGUGUUUGAUGGGCGCAAAUCAAACAAUUGAUAUCGUUCGACGGCAGAUGAAACUUAUUCUCUUGGUGUUGAAAGUGAUACCCUGAUGAGCAUGCACUUUGGUAUUGGAGCGGCCUAAGUUAGCGAAGGCUUUUUUUGGGGACUGUCGGUCCAGGCUGAUGCGGCUGGACAGUCCACGUUUUAGCCAGGUCAUAGGGAGUAUUGGUAUUGAUACAGGAAUUUAUCAUUAAACGUCG